AUGGCGUCCCAGCUCUGCUCAGCGAUUGGAGGAGGUAGCUCCCCCCCAAACCAAGACCCGCCCCCAUUCCGCUCCCUGCCACGCCAGAACCGGAAGCAAAUGACGUAUAAAGGGCCCCAGGGCCCGGGGUGGGCACGCUCCUGUCUUUCGCACCAGGACACGGUCUUUGCGGAGGUGGCUGUGAACCUCACCGGGGAGGAGUGGGCUUUGCUGGAUGGUGCUCAGAGGGAGCUCUACAGAGAGGUGAUGCUGGAGACUUACCUCAGCAGUCAUGUGCUGGAGACUCCCUGUGAAAGUAAUGAAGGCAGUGAAUGUGGAGACACCCUGAACCAGAUCACAGAUCCUCCCGUGCACGACAGACAUCUGACUGGAGUUAAACCCUAUGAAUGUACUAGGUGUGGAAAAACCUUCACAGAUCUCCCACUGGACACAAACCUCACCCGUGUGAGGAGUGUGGAAGAGCCUCCAAGCGUGUCUUGUGUCUGA